AUGGAUCAGGACAAGGAAAACACCCAAGGCUCCGAGGUGAGUUGCAAUGGGAAGGAAUUAGUGACCCUAUUGAGGGGUGAGAUCAAAAAAGCCAUCGAGUCGAUAAGGGGCCUAGGUCCAAAGAUCAAAGACGAUCUGGAAGAGGCACGAAUAGCCCCGAAAUAUAGAUCAGUCAUAGAUAAGUCAAUAGAACAGCAGGUCAAGAAAGCGUGUGAGACGCUGGGGACGCUAGAAAGUAGCGCAAAAUCUUACCUCACUUUUGGCAAAGAGCUAAUGGAGUCCUUGCAAAAGAGGGGAAUCGAAACAUUAGAGGACUGGGACGACUUUUUGGGAGUCGUUGACAGAGAUGGGAGUUUACUAGCAGAGAUCUGCAGUAUGCUAGACACAAAUGUGUUACAGGUGCGAGAUGUGGUCGGAGAGAUCCAGAAGCUCCAAGAAAAACAAGCAAAGGAUAUGAUGAGGAAUCAAGACGAAAUGUCUGAUGAAGAGAUGGAUGGUAUGGAGAUUAAUCAUAGAAGACGUAAAGCGUAUGAAUUGCCAAACAAUGAUGAAAACCGACGAUUGCAGAUGACGACACAAGUGUCCGAGCGGAAUCACGAUCCAGCGCCGACUGGAGCAGCCUACGGGCAGCACUUGAGACCGCAUUUGGAUCGUUGGGAAACAGCGGCGGAGCAAACCGCAACAGGUGCGAAUUACAUGGAAGGCUUUCUAAAAUUCUUACAAGCAAGUAGUUGCGUUGACCCUGGUGUGUUUCGGGGGAAACCAAACGAAAACUUCAAAGAAUUCCUACGAAGGUUCCGAAGGAAAUAUGGACCGUUAGGAUACGGUGAUAGGACAUUAUUAGAAAUUCUGGAAGACGACCACUUGGGCGAAAAGGCCAAAAAUGUAUUCUUGGCAAUCCCACAAGAGAAGUUAGAGGAAGGGUUCGAAGCGGUGGUAAGAGAAUUGGAAAGGCUUCUUUCGAGCGACUCAACUGCGGCUAGAAUGAGAGCUCUAAAUGAGCUAAGGAGCUUGAAAUUAAGACCAAAUCAAUCCAUCUCUGAAUUCUGCGUAAUACUAGAAAAACUCGCUCGUGAGGCUAACCCUAACAGUAGUGUGACAGAAAGGUCGUUAGAGUACGCGCAGAUACUGUUGGAUAACGUGAGAGAGUGGCCGGAACACGUACAGUUAUUGAGUCUCCUGCAUAGAUCAGACCCCGGUAACGCGUAUAACGAGAUCAAACAAUUAGCGAUCACUAUAGAGCAAGCAAGGACAAUGUAUGGGACACCCCGAAAGAGCACGCCGACAGGUACGGGGCACAGGCAUACAAAAGCCAUAGGGAAAGUGAUCGGUUCAGACCGCCCAACACUGAAGAACACCAGAGGGGCUAUGUAG